GAACACCUUGUCUUUAGAGCAGAAACAGAGAGAACGAACGGGAGAAGAAAGUAUCUUUCUUUCAUUCGAAGUCAGAGAGAGAGAGAAACAUUCGAGCUGCGAUGAGUUCUGGAGGAGGAGUAGGAGGAGGAAUCGUCGCUGGACCAACACCAUCAAGCGGCGGUGGGAACGUGGAGUGGCACGUCAGACCACCGAACCCUAAAAACCCAGUCGUCUUCUUCGACGUCUCCAUCGGUGGCAUCCCCGCGGGUCGUAUCAAGAUGGAGCUUUUCGCCGACAUUGCCCCCAAAACCGCUGAAAACUUCAGGCAGUUCUGUACCGGUGAACUCAGAAAGGCAGGGAAGCCACUUGGUUACAAGGAGUGUCAGUUUCACAGGGUCAUCAAGGACUUUAUGAUUCAGAGUGGUGAUUUUCUCAAGAAUGAUGGUAGUGGAUGCAUGUCAAUUUAUGGCCACAAGUUCGAUGAUGAGAGUUUUACUGCUAAACAUACUGGACCUGGACUUCUCUCCAUGGCAAAUAGUGGGCCAGACUCAAAUGGGUGCCAGUUCUUCAUCAGUUGUGCAAAAUGCGAGUGGCUUGACAACAAGCAUAUUGUCUUUGGGAGAGUGCUUGGAGAUGGUUUAUUGGUGGUGCGGAAGAUUGAGAACGUUGCCGUUGGACCAAACAACCGGCCCAAGCUUGCCGUUGUAAUUACCGAGUGUGGUGAGAUGUAAAAUGCUUUAGUCUUGAGCUUUUCUCACCAAAAAGAAAAA